GAAGCUGGUGCCAGUACUUGGGGGGCGAGUGCCAGCGUCACAGCAGCCGAGACCCCCGGGAUGCCCAAGCCUUCCGGUUCGGACUCGAUGGACGGAGGGCAGCAGGUCGAAGAGGACGCGAGCCCCUCUCCCCGUUUGUCCGGCUGCAGACCCCCAACAGCAGAGACUCGCAAGAAGAAAUUUCCCCGUCAAGGAAAAAGGCGCAUUACCCGGAAAUCGUCCGAGCACAGCGAUCCGGAGAAGCGACGCACCUUGGAACAUUACCUGAAUCUGAAAAGUUCGGGGUGGGUUCCAGACGGGUCAGGCAAAUGGGUCAAAGACGAGAAUGUGGAGUUCGAUUCGGACGAGGAGGAACCCCCGGAGUUCCCCCCACCCUGAUGGCGGAUGGAAAAAUCCCCCCCCCUUUCCCCCACACACACUGGGCCUCAGAAGUGUGCGAGGAACACCCGGGAAUCUGGAAUUAAAGGGCACAACCAUCAGAAAGUGGACUUUUGGCUGGACGCUGUUGAAAGCGCCAUCCUUUUGCCACUUUUGGCUUUUGGGAGUUCAGUUUUUGGCAUUUAUUCCUCUUCGGCUUCUCCGACAACUUUUUAAGUCCGCUGGAAAAUUUCCCAAGCCGUUUCUGAGCGAGGCGGCGGCUGGAGAGAGAGAAAAAGCCCCUUCAAAAAAAGACAUCUUUAUAAAGUAAAUAAAAGCGGAAUUUAGGGGAACAGCCGGACGGAUAAACAGCUGGGCUUCUCCCCCCCAGGAAACGUCGUGUUUUUCUGAUUGGCGAAGACGGGGAAUCUGAUUCCCUUAUUUUGGAAACUGAAAAAGGUUUAGAUUCGCUGUCCGAGAGGUUUUAGCUCUGAGAAAAUUUGGAGACUCGGUGCUAGUUCGAAUCCCCGUUGAAUCUUUCUGCUGGUGGCCUCUAUGCUUGUGGAUAGAGCAGUUUUAAAAAUGC